GAAAAAUAGAAAAAAGAUGAAGAUAUUUGCGUGGCAGCAUUAGCAGAGGAGAGGCUGGAGGAGGAGCAGGCUCCGCCCUCUACUGGACUCUAUGGAACUGAAACGUGCUGCGGGAAGAAGACGAUCGUUUGUACCGACAAAGCAUUGAAAUGAGUUCUUCAGAAGAGGCAGAAACUGACAGGAGCAGAAGUCAUCAGUGUCAGAAGUGUGGGAAAUCUUUCAGUCGGAUCUGCAGUCUCAGAAGACAUGAACUCACUCACCCUGCAGAGGAACCGUACCAGUGUGAACACUGUGGCAGCACUUUCAGCCAACUAAAGACCUUCAAGCUACACCUGCACACCCACCUUGAGGAAACAUCCUCCAGCUGCGACCAGUGUGGGAGGCACUUCAGCAACCAGAGUUCCUACAGGAAACACCUGCGGGACCACACCGGACCAUACCAGUGUGACCAAUGCCAAAAGACUUUCAGUUACUUUAGUAUUUACAAGAUACAUAUGCGUGUACACACUAAAGAAAAGCCUUACUGCUGUGACCAGUGUCCAAAGAGUUUUAGUUUUUUAAGUUCAUACAAGCGGCACAAGCUCAGCCACAGUGGAGAGAGGCCGUAUCAGUGUGACUUUUGUGGAAAAAGUUUCACUCAGUCAGGGCAUUUCAGUCUGCAUUUGCGUAACCAUACUGGCGAGAAACCAUAUGAGUGUGACCAAUGUGAAAAGACUUUCAGUGACUUAAGUAGUUACAAGAUACACCUGCGUGUCCACUCAGGAGAGAAACCAUACUGCUGUAACCAGUGUGGGAGGAGUUUCUCUCAGUUAGGUAAUUACAAAUCACAUCAGCGUAUCCACACCGGAGAAAAGCCUUUCCGCUGUGAACUUUGUGAGAAAAGCUUCUCUAUCUCAAAUACUUACAAACAACAUGUGCGUACCCACAGUGGAGAGAAACCGUUUCAGUGUAAAGAAUGUGGGAAAGGUUUUGGUCGACUAAGUAACUACAUGCGUCACCUUCGUAUUCACUCCGGAGAACAGCCAUACAGCUGCGACCAAUGUGGGAAAUGUUUUAACAGCUCAUAUAGUUACAGCCGGCACCUGCGUGUGCACACCGGAGAGAAACCGUACUGGUGUUCACAGUGUAAGAGGCUGUUUACACGCUCUCAGUCCUUAAAGAAACAUCGCUGUGUCGCAGUAGAGGACGAGAGUUCCACUGUGUGUAAACAAGAAGCACAACCGAGCUGCUCACCAGCAGAUCCAACAAACAACAACCACCAGCAGCCUGUACAGUAAACGACAGCGUGCAUGUUCAUGGUACUGAAGGAGAUCGUCACCCAGUUCAGCAGGCUUACUUGUUUGUUAUUGUUUCUCGUCAAAAGUGGAGCUCUAUCUAAGGAAUAAGAUACAGUAUAUAAAGCUUUGGACCCCACGCACAAAAAGUAAAGUACAUGAUCCGUUGGUUCUGGUCUUCAUGAUGUCUGUUGACAUCAAAGAUGCAAUAUUCAGCAUUUUCCUAAAAAAUCAUGGGAUGGACUGUUUUUCUUUUCCAUCUGCCUAAGUCUUGAGCUUCCCCUUAUCAAUAGCUACAAUCCCAAUUUAUCAGUGAUCAAUUUUCUUUGCAACAACUUAUAACAACAGGGUAUCUGCACAUUUUAACAUAUUUGACUUUUAGGACCCUUUUUAAUAAGAAAAGGUUAAAAUAUCUUUGCUGCAUCAACUGGACAACACGAGUAGGGAUGCAUCGAUUUUGGAAUUCAUUGUUUUUAUUGAUACCCAUUCUGUGCGAGUGAAGAGAAGACAUCGUCAUGAAAAACGGAACCUUAAAAUCUAGAUUUGGGUUGUAGACCCUACUGCUAAAAUUAGCAUCUCUGUGGCAGGCAGCCACAUCUCAUCCCAGAUGUGAGGCACUUUUGAAGGAAACAUGUCUUACUAACUGCAUGGCUCUGAUCUUUCUCUGAGACAGUUUCAAACUGCCAUGGGGCGGAUGUUUUUAAUUUUAAUUUAUCAACAAACAAUUUGCUUUUACGUCAUUCCAGAGUCUUGUCCACUUCUUCUCCGGAUCAGCAUCUUGGUAUGCCUGUUGAGUCCAACUGCAAAAUAAAUGUUUCCGGUGUACAAUUGUAUGAGACUCUGAGCCACGGUCUGCCGGUAUGUGUGAUUUGAUAAACCUUAUGCUCCGUUUAUGUGUAGAUGUAGAAAAUAUUAAUGAAAAAAUGAUCAGAGUUGCAGCUGGACUGGUGUCCAUCAUAACACUGUUGGGUCCUUUCACAUUUGUAAGUAUUGUUGAAGAAAGGAAGCAAAUGGAACAAUGUAUUUUAUUAUAUAAAGCUUAAAUAUGCUAAAAACUGUGUUAAAACUCUGAAUGCCAUAGUCAUGUAUCGUAUAGUUUAAUGCUUUAGCAAUAUAAACAGGAUGUAUAACAAAAAUCCUUAAAAACCUAUAGUACGCACUUCCUCUUUCGAGGAGAUGAACUUUCUAUGCACUGCCCCUUUCGAGGAGAACAUCUGUUAUGUAUUUCCUCGCUGGAAGUGAACAGUUAACCACAGCAACGAAGAAGGACACCUCUAAACGCACCAGCUUGCACGCAAAGCAUGUGACAAACUACGUGUCAGACCAUGUGACAAGCCGCGGGAAAGAGGAGGAUAAAAGAAGACUGAAGAACAUCGGAGAGCAGUUCCUCUUUGAACCCAGUUCGAACUUGAACUCUCCUGCUUUAGCAAGCUACGGAAGACGAUCGUAUUACUUACUCGUAUUGAGGCAAAGAUCUCAGAUAUAAUAUGUUUCUGGGUAAAACGCAUUUCAAUUUUUUAUUGAUGCGUGGUGUUAUAACUUGUGAAACUUUAAUAAAACUACCUGUUCACAUUUGUGAGAGGAAA